AUGCUGCAGAUUUCGAAAUGGGUUGGGCUCUGUUCAUUCGUUUUAUGGUUUUUGGCAUCUGGGUCGUUCUCGAUUGACGACAUUGACAUCCAUCAGGCGUUUCCCAUUGUUGAGCCGGAUCCUGGUCAUACUAAACUUCGUCUUUCAAGGGAAGGACUGGAGGCGAUUGAGAGAAUAACAAACCCUAUUGCAGCCGUUGCUGUAAUUGGUCCGUAUCGCUCCGGAAAAUCCUUUUUGCUCAAUCAACUUCUCUCUCUUUCUUGUAAUGAAGGUUUUGGGGUUGGGCACAUGCGUGACACAAAGACAAAAGGUAUAUGGGUGUGGGGAACCCCAAUUGAAAUGGAUAUUAAUGGAGUGAAAACCUCUGUCUUCUACCUUGACACGGAAGGAUUUGAAAGUGUUGGAAAGUCAAAUGUAUAUGAUGACCGGAUAUUUGCCUUGGCAACUGUUCUGAGUUCGGUUCUUAUAUACAACCUUCCUGAGACGAUACGUGAAGCAGACAUUUCACGGCUUUCGUUUGCAGUUGAGCUGGCUGAGGAAUUUUAUGGAAGAGUGAAGGGACAAGAUGUUGCUUUUGAACCAGCUAAACUCCUAUGGCUUAUCCAGCGUGAUUUUCUCCAAGGAAAAUCUGUACAGCAAAUGGUUAAUGAAGCCCUGCAACAUGUGCCUAAUUCUGAUGGGGACAAAAAUAUUGACCUGGUUAAUCAGAUUCGCGAUUCUCUGGCUGUAAUGGGUGACAACAGCACAGCUUUCAGCUUACCGCAGCCCCAUCUACAGCGGACCAAGCUCUGUGAAAUGAAUGAUGGAGACCUUGACCCGCUUUAUGUAAAGAGGAGGGAGCAACUGAAAGAAGUUGUUUCAUCUAUUAUUCGUCCCAAGAUUGUCCAGGGUAAAACUUUAACUGGGAAGGAGUUUGUCUCUUUUCUUGAGCAGAUUCUUGAAGCCUUGAAUAAAGGAGAGAUUCCAUCAACUGGUUCUCUUGUUGAAGUUUUUAAUAAGGGAAUUCUGGAGAGGUGCCUGAAGCUGUACAGUGAUAAGAUUAAUAACUUAAUUCUGCCAAUGACAGAGGAAGAUCUUCAAGGAGCUCAUGAGGGUUUUAGAGAAGAUGCUAUGAAGAUGUUUGAUGAGCAACAUUUUGGACGGCAUCAUGCCAAGAAAUCAGUUGAGGCAUUGGAUGAGGAGAUUGAGAAGGUGCACAAGAACUUCAUAUUGGCAAAUGAGUAUCAAUCUUCAAGAAUAUGUGAGUCACUGUACACAAGAUGUGAGGAUAAGAUGGAUGAGCUUCAAGUGCUCAAACUUCCUUCUAUGGCGAAAUUCAAUGCUGGCUUCCUUCAGUGCAACCAGAGCUUCGAACAUGAAUGUGUUGGGCCUUCUAAAAGUAGCUAUGAGCAGCGGAUGAUGAAGAUGUUAGGGAAGUCAAAAACACUGUUUAUCAAGGAAUAUAACCACCGACUCUUUAAUUGGUUGGUGGCUUUUUCACUAGUAAUGGUGGUGGUGGGUCGUUUCAUUAUAAAGUUCUUUUUAGUUGAAAUUGCGGCUUGGAUACUCUUCAUCUUUUUAGAGACAUAUACAAGGAUGUUUUGGUCAGCAGAGUCUCUCUAUUACAACCCAGUUUGGCACGGCAUUGUCGCAUCCUGGGAAACUGUUGUUUACAGCCCUAUCCUUGACUUGGACAGGGUGGCAAGCUCCGAGAAGAGCGCUACGCUUUUAGUCGAGGAUGUGGGAAAAGCUCGGCGAUUUAUGGUGGCGUCGCUGGUUCCCACUCUUGCAGGCAGUAGUGCCUUGGACUGCAACUUGAACGUUAUUGGCGACUCAUUUUCCAAAUAUCAUAUUCAAACUGAAACUGGCCAUGCACUGGGUCAUGAUGAUGAGGACUAUACAGUUGGAAGCAGUAAGCUGCAAUGUGCAGAUAUUCUGGGGAAGAGGGUGCUGAGGAGAUUUGGUGAAAGGACUUGUGAAGGCUCCGUGGAGAUCUAUGAUAAUAUAAACAAUACAUAUCAGGUUAUGUAUGAGAAUGGCCAUUGUGAUGAAAUCGAAGGAGCAAAUAUUAUUGAUUACUUAGAGCAAAACAGGGAUCAUGGUGCGGGUGGAAAUGCUUCUUCCCAGCAGCCGAAGGAACUGGCUACUACUGAGCAUGGAAUAAUCAUGCGUGGUGCUCCUGUGCCUCGACCAGAGGUGGACGAAGGCGAAAGAAGCGGAGGGUAUAGAGCCCUGAGAAUAAGAGCAAUUAAUGCAGAGAAAACUAGCAGGCGGAAGCAAGGGAAGAAACGCAAGGCUUCAUCCUCAGGCCGGGAAGGGAAAAAACGUGAAAAUGUCACCCGAGCUGCUCCGGUGCACCAGUCAGAUGAAUGUACUGAGAAAAAGGGUCCACAUAGGGCUCUCAGGAUCCGAGCUUCAGAUGCUUGA